ACCAUGAGCCUGAUGCUGGAGACGCUGCUGGGCCCCCCGGGGGGGCUCCGCAAGGAGCCGGGCCGCGUUCCCCGGGGCUCCGCCGCCUCCAGCGGCUUCUACUCGUGGCCGGCUCCGGUGGUGGGGCGGGCGCGGGGCGCGGGGGGCGGCGGCGGCAGCGCGGCCGCGUCCUCCACCGAGAGCCUGGACUCGCUGAACGGCGAACCGCGGGCGCGCAACGAGAAGGAGCUGCUGCAGGUGCUGAACGACCGCUUCGCCGGCUACAUCGAGCGGGUGCGGGCGCUGGAGCAGCAGAACCGGGCGCUGGCGGCCGAGGCGGCGGCGCUGCGGCAGCAGCAGGCGGGGCGCUCGGCCAUGGGCGAGCUGUACGCGCGGGAGCUGCGGGACAUGCGGGGCACCGUCCUGCGCCUGGGAGCCGAGAAGGGGCAGCUGCGGCUGGAGCGGGCCCGCCUGGCCGAGGACGUGGCGGCGUUGCGGGGACGGCUGGAGGACGAGGCGCGGCAGCGCGGGGAGCUGGAGGCGGCGGCGCGGGGGCUGGCGCAGCGCUCGGCGCAGGAGGAGCGGGCGCGGGCGCCGCUGGAGGAGCGGGCGCGGGCGCUGCGGGAGGAGGCGGAGAUGCUGCGGAGGCAGCACCGCGCCGAGGUGGGAGCGCUGCUGCGGGGGGCGCGGCCGGAGGCCCCCGCCGAGCCCCCCUCGGCGCUGCGCCCCGGGGUCACCGCCGCGCUCCGGGACCUGCGCGCACAGCUGGAGGGCACGACCGCCCGCAGCACCCUGCAGGCGGAGGAGUGGUUCCGCGUGAGGCUGGACAAGCUGUCGGAGGUGGCCAAGGUGAACACAGACGCCAUGAGAGUGGCCCAGGAGGAGAUCACCGAGUACCGCCGGCAGCUCCAGGCCAAGACCACCGAGCUGGAGGCCCUCAAAGGGACCCAGGAGUCACUGGAGAGGCAGAGGCAGGACUCUGAGGAGCGGCAUCAUGCAGAUGUCCUGUCCUACCAGGAAACCAUCCAGCAGCUGGACAGCGAGCUGAGGAACACCAAGUGGGAGAUGGCAGCUCAGCUCCGGGAAUACCAGGAUCUGCUCAACGUCAAAAUGGCCCUGGACAUCGAAAUCGCUGCCUACAGAAAGCUCUUGGAAGGGGAGGAAUAUCGGCUCGAGACCGGCAUUGGGAUGCUCUCCUACCCCGAGGUGGUCCCCAAGGCUCCCAGCAUCACCACCAACAUCAAGGUGAAGAGCGAGGAGAAGAUCAAGGUGGUGGAAAAGUCGGAGAAGGAGACGGUGAUUGUGGAGGAGCAGACGGAGGAGAUCCAGGUGACCGAGGAGGUCACGGAGGAGGAGGAGGCUGAGAAAGAGGCGGAAGAGGAGAAAGCUGAAGAGGAGGAGGAGGAAGAAGAGGAGGAGAAAGCUGAAGAGGGUGAAGAAGAGGCCAAGUCUCCUGCAAAAGAGGAGGCCAAGUCCCCAGAGAAACCGGAGUCCCCCUCAAAGGAGGAGGCCAAGUCUCCUGAAAAGCCCCCAACUCCCUCUAAGGAGGGGGCCAAGACCCCGGUUGUGAAGUCCCCAGAAAAACCUGCAACCCCCUCCAAGGAGGAGGCCAAGAGCCCAGCUGUGAAGUCCCCAGAAAAACCUGCAACCCCCUCCAAGGAGGAGGCCAAGAGCCCAGCUGUCAAGUCCCCAGAAAAACCUGCAACCCCCUCCAAGGAGGAGGCCAAGAGCCCUGCUGUCAAAUCCCCUGAAAAGCCACCAACUCCCUCCAAGGAGGAGGCCAAGACCCCCACAGUGAAGUCCCCUGAGAAACCUGCACCCCCCUCAAAGGACAAGGCCAAGACCCCUGAGAAACCCUCAGCCCCCCCUAAGGAAGAGGCCAAGAGCCCGGCUGUGAAGUCCCCAGAGACACCUGCAGCUCCCUCCAAAGAUGAAGCCAAACCCCCCUCUGUCAAAUCCCCAGAAAAAGCCCCAACCCCCUCCAAGGAGGAGGCCAAGACCCCAACUGUGAAGUCCCCAGAGAAGCCCCCAACCCCCUCCAAGGAGGAGGCCAAGACCCCAACUGUGAAGUCCCCAGAGAAGCCCCCAACCCCCUCCAAGGAGGAGGCCAAGACCCCAAGUGUGAAGUCCCCUGAGAAGGUCAAGUCUCCUGGGAAGGAGGAGGCCCCGGCCAAGGAGCCAACCCCUGCUCCGAAGGAGCCGAAAGCCCCCGCGAAGGAGGAGCAGCCCAAGGAGGUGAAGGCUCCCUCCAAGGAGGAGGGUAAGAAGGAGGAAGCUCCCAAGAAAGAUGUCCCAGCCAAGGCAGAGGAGAAACCCAAAGAGAAGGUGCCAGAGCCUCCAGCCCCACAGGUGAAGGAGACCCCCAAGCCAGGCCCCAAACCCGCUGAAGAAGGAAAAGCCGAGAAGGAGACUCCACCAAAACCUCAGCAGGAGGUCGGCAAAGCGGCCGCCAAGGAGGCUGAGAAGCCAAAGGCUGAGGAGAAGGUGGAGGAGCCCAAGAAAGAGAAAGUGGAGGAACCCAAGAAGGAGAAGGUGGAGGAGCCCAAGAAGAAAGUAGAGGAACCCAAGAAGGAGAAGGUGGAGGAACCCAAGAAGGAGAAAGUGGAAGAACCCAAAAAGGAGAAGGCGGAGGAACCCAAGAAGGAGAAGGUAGAGGAGCCCAAGAAAGUAGAGGAGCCCAAGAAAGUAGAGGAGCCCAAGAAAAAGGUUGAGGAGCCCAAGAAGGAGAAGGUGGAGGAGCCCAAGAAGGUAGAGGAACCCAAGAAAGAGGAACCCAAAGCCCAAGCAAAACCCAAAGAUGAGCCCAAGGCCAGCAAGGACCCCCCCAAGGCCGAGGACCCCUCCAGCAAGGAGGGCACAGCCCCGGAGCCAGCCCCCACUGCAGGGAAGAAGUGAGUGCAGAGUCCUGGGUGCCGAUGGGCACUGCGGGCACGGGGGCUGCCCUGCCCACCCCGAGGGCCGGGCCCGGGGUGGGACCCCCAGGCUGGGCUUCCCCUUAGCAAUAGGCCCUGUGAGAGCCGCAGGGUGGGCGACGCUUCCCUCGCAGAACGUGAUCCCCACAUUUAACACUUGAAUUAUAACCCAGGAGAAGAGGGGAGACCCCCCCAGGGAAACUCCCACAGGGGACCCCUCCGCCCUUCUCCCCUAAGUGCAUUUAUUCAAUGUAUGUGCAAUGGAUGGACGAGUGCAAUGCAGAGCUGUAGCUGCUUGGGGGGGGCUGGUGGGGUCCUGCCCUGCCCGGGGUGGGGGGACUGUCCCCUGGAGCAGUGGUGGGAGAGGCUGGGAGCUGCAGGAAUCGCUCCCAGACACGGGCUGGGAGCUGCAGGAAUCGCUCACAGACACGCACGGGUGCACCAGGAACCUCAGCCCACUGAUCUUUGCUUACUGUGCAAUAACCAAAUAAAAGUGCUUACGGAGA